AUGGCGGGUAAUGAAGAGCGUCCGGUGAUGGAAACCGCAAGGCCCAAUCUUGCUAAUAUGACUCGGGCUAUUGUGAAGAAUGAUAUCACGGGGCAUUUUGAACUCAAACAGCCUGCAAGUGCUCUUCCUAGUGAUACAGAGAAAAACCCUCAAGUUAAUGCAGUUACACUCAGAAACGGGAGGGAAUUAGAAAAGGUGCCAAAGAAGAGAAAGGAUAAUCAUGUACCUGAGGGGGAGUUGAUUCCUAAAGCAACAUAUAAGUCAAAGAAAGUUGAUGCAAGUUCAGAGCCAGUGAAGGCUGCAAGGCCACCACCACCUUUCCCCCAAAGAUUGCAGAAGAAGAAUUAUUAUUGCAUGUUCAAUAAAUUUCUCUCUACAUUGAGCCAGGUUCAAUUGAAUAUUCCUUUGGUAGAUGUACUUCGCGAAAUUCCAAACUUCACUAUCCAUGUGCGAAUUGGUAAUAUCAAUAUGGGUCGUGCUCUUUGUGAUUUGGGGGCAAGCAUAAAUCUGAUUCCCUUGUCCUUGUUCAAGCAAUUGGGUUUGGGAGCUCCAAUACCAACCACUGUGAUAUUGCAGCUAACUGAUAGGUCCAUAGCCUACCCUAAAGGAGUGAUUGAAGAUGUGUUGCUGCAAAUUGGGAAAUUCAUCUUCCCAGCUAACUUCAUUAUCCUAGAUUAUGAGGCUGAUGAACAAGUUUCGAUCAUAUUGGGAUGA